ACUACAUUUAAAACGCUGGAAAGCAUUGGUGGCACUAUACAAAAACAAAUUGGUUUAUAAUCUCACAAGCUUCACCUUUCUGACAUUCUGAGACCCAAACAAAUUAAGCGCCUUCUGUGCUUUGAUUUAAGUCUCACUCAUAUACAUGCGGCUUGGAAAAGCCAGACAGUCAGACCAACCCGUUAUAAAAAAGUAGGACCUAAUCAAAAUUUAUCGGACAUGUCCGUCGGACCGACGUAUUUUGGGAAGUCUGUGAAUCAAACUCAAAUAAAUUCUGCAUAAACCAAUUCAGGGCAAACAUGUUUUACAUGUACUUUCUGGCAGUGGCUUCCUACAAAAGAUGUGAAAAUGAGCUAUGGUGAGAGAGAGAUGCUUAAAAUAAUGAUUGAUGAUUCCUGUUGUAAAACUGAUGAUUUGAAGGAAAACACACAAAUUGAGAAGUAUAGACGUGGUCUUUGUGAAAAAAAAAAUUUUCGACAAAAAAUCUUAAAACACAUCAGGUACUUAACACUAAUGAGAAAACUGUUAUCUGUUUAAUUUGGGAAAACCCAUAUUAAUUUUUCUUCUAGUGCCUUUGAACAUCAUCUGUUAUUACGCACUGCUAAGAAAAUAUAUACAGCUGCUGUUAUUUUUGUGAAUAUUCGCGUAUUCGAAAAUGUGAGUUGAAGAAACACAUGUUGGUUAAACAUCCUUGUGAGAAGGAAGGAAAUGUUCUGGUGAGAAGGAAGGAAAUGUCCUGGUGAGAAGGAAGGAAAUAUUAAUUGUGUGAUCAAUCUUUUUCAAGAACAUGAAGAAGUUACCAGCUUAUUCCAUGUUAUGACUGGUGAGAAAAACUGUUAAUGUGAGAUAUGCGCUCAGUGGUCAUUGUAAAUUGCAUAUAAUAAAACAUACUUGAUAGAGAAGUCUCAAAUGUUCAGUAUGCCAGCAUUCAUUUUUGCACAGUCAUUAUUAUACUUGUACUCUUAAAGUGCAUGUGAUAGUACACACUUUUGAGAAGAAACAUAGCUGUGAAAUAGGACAGCGUUCAUUGGUGUGCACAGUUGUAUUAUUGAAACAUAAUGGCAGAAAAUGUUAGUAAGAAGGAUUAUGAAUGUGAAGUAUGCCAUCGUUCUUUUGUACGCAUUCAGAGUCUUGCAGGGCAUAUGAGGAUACACACUAGUUGCACGCGUGAGAAAAAAUAUACAUGUGACCUAUGUCAUCGUUCCUUUACAGAAAAGCGUUCUCUUAAUGCACAUAUGACUGGUGACAAAUGUAGAAUAUGUCAACAAUCAUUUUCACACCAAUGUAGUCUCAAAGCACAUAUGAUAAAGCACAUUGGAGAGAAGAAUUACACAUGUGGAAUAUGUCAGCGUUCAUUUGUGACCUCUUGGAAACUUAAAAUGCAUAUGACAGUACACACAGGUGAGAAGAAAUAUGUGUGCAAAAUAUGUCAUCAUCCAUUCGCCCAAAAUGGUAAUCUUAAAAAACAUAUGACUGUACACACUGGUGGGGAAAAUUUUGAAUGUGAAGUCUGUUUUAAAAAAUUUUCUUAUUCUUCUUCUCUUAGAAAACAUAUGAAAAUACACACUGGUGACAAACAUGUUAAAUGUGAAAUGUGUAAUUUCCUAUUUCCGUCAUUGUCGAAACUAAAUGCACAUAUGAAAAUGUGCCAUAUAGGUGAGAAAAAUUAUAUGUGUGAAUUAUGUGGUCGUUUAUUUUCCUUUAAUUCUAACCGUAAAACACACAUGAAGUUACACACUGCUUUGACAGUUUAUAAAUGUGAGGUAUGUAAUGAACAUUUUUCUUUAAGAUCUAGUUUCAUAAAACAUAAGAAACAACACGCUAGUGAGAAAUGUUAUAAAUGUGAUAUAUGCAGUCGCUUAUGUAAAACAUUUGGUAAACUAAAUGAUCAUAUGAAAGUGCAUAUUGAAAGGAAUUUUUUGUGUGAAAUAUGUGGUGUCUUAUUUGCACGGAAUAAUAAUCUUCAAAAACACAUAAAGAAUUUGCACUAUGUUGAGAAGAAAUUGAAGUGUGAAUUAUGCGAUUGCACAUUUUCAAAAAAGAGCCGCCUUAAUGCACAUAUGAAAAGACACCCUAGAUGAACAGAAAUAAAUGUAUAGAUGUGAAAUACACAUGUAUCAUCAUAUUUUGAAAAUUUGUUGGGGUUUUUUGUGUCGCUUUGAAAAAAGUGACAUAUAGGGGUUACUUUUGUCGGCUGUAUCAGUGUCUUUGUUGGUGUCGGCAGUCCUUUAAGUUUAAUUGUUUGGAGCAUAAGUCAGUCUCAAUAAGUUGGAUUAACUCCAAACUUGGAAUGCAUGCCAAAGUGCAGUGCACAAGAAUUGUUACAUAUACUCUGCACUUCUUUAUUUUUGAGUUGAGUUAUUGCCCUUUGUUGAUAUUCAAACUUUACUUAUGUCCAAAGUAUAAAAGCUAUGGACUUGAAACUUCAUAGGAUGAUAGAUCUCAUUAAGAAGAAGAGAGUGCAAUUCUAACAUUCCGUCAUCAUCAGUUUCCGUUCAUUAUCUUAAGAACAGUUGCACACAUUCAACUCAAACUGGACAUAUGGAUAUAUAAUGAGAAAAUACAGGUCAAGUUCGAAUUCGGUCAUGGUUCGAUGAUUUUUGGCAGAGUUAUGCCCCUUUUACAUUGAAAAUAAUAUGAAAUUUUCAGUUAACGUUCAUUAUCUCCCCAACGAUACAACACAUUCAACUCAAACUUGACAUAUGGAUAUGUCAUGAGAAAAUACAGGCCAAGUUCGAAUUUGGUCAUGGUUUGAUGAUUUUUGGCAAAGUUAUGCCCCUUUUACUUUGAAAAUAAUAUGAAAUUUCCAGUUUCCGUUCAUUAUCUCCCCAACAGUACGACACAUUCAACGCAAACUUGACAUAUGGAUACGUCAAAGGAAUGCCCAAGCCAAGUUCGAAUUUGGUCAUGGUUUGAUGAUUUUUGGCAGAGUUAUGCCCCUUUUACUUUGAAAAUAAUAUGAAAUUUCCAGUUUCCGUUCAUUAUCUCCCCAACAGUACGACACAUUCAACGCAAACUUGACAUAUGGAUACGUCAAAGGAAUGCCCAAGCCAAGUUCGAAUUUGGUCAUGGUUCAAUGAUUUUUGGCAGAGUAAUGCCCCUUUCACUUAGAAAAUAACACGAAAUUUACAGUUUCUGUUCAUAACUACCCAACAGUGUUACAUAUUCAACUCAAAUUUGACAUAUGGAUAUGUCAAAGGAAUUGGCAGGUCAAGUUGGAAUUUGGUCAUGGUUUGAUGAUUUUUUUUGGCAGAGUUAUGUCCCUUUCACUUUGAAAAUAAUAUACAUGUAGAUACAUCUUAGGAAUAAGCAGUUUAAGUUUGAAUUUGGUCGUUGUUCAAUGAUUUUGGACAGACUUAUCUUUCCUGAAUGUUGGAAAAAUUUUGAACUUUCAGUUUCAGCACUCAUACUUUUGUGGAAAUGUAUGUAGCCAUUAUUUUGGCUACAAAUAUGCAAUAUGCUAUUUUUAAAAGGUUAAGACUGAAUAAUUUCAGUGCCUUGAACAUUGUAUGAAAACGGUUUGUGUUACCAUUGAAAAGUUUUAAGAGCUUUGAACUUAAAAUGAAAAAAAUAAUUUGUGCAAACAAAUUUGGAACUAAAUAUUAUAACAUCUGAAAUUUUGGCUGCAUGCGGGGCAUCGGUGGCAUGAUGACACAUUUCUAGUCAUUGAUUCAUAUAGGAAAAAAAACGCGACUGCUAUAUAACAGUAUAGUGCUUUGCACCUUGUAUAAUAUCAGUAUAGUUUUUUUCACAGAGGCUCCAAUGGGGCAGUGGUAACCAACAUUCCCAGAAGCAAAAAAAUGGAAUCAAUAAAUUUAAAAUAAACUAAAUACAAUGAAAAAUGUAAACAAGAUGAUUAAUUAAAUAAAAUUUACUCUCA